UGACCACGUGGUGCUCGAGAUUGGAGAAUUUGACUCGCAAGGGCCGUGUUCGACGCUUUUUCUCGGAAAAAGGCAUGAAAACAAACAAACAAACACAAAGAAAUUCCCCAAACCAAACCCUCCUUUCGGCCAAUCCCGAGUGCCCCGUCUUUCUGUGUCCUCCUGCUCGAGUUUCGACCUCUUCCUCGUCUCUCGCUCGCAUCUUCCAAUCCCCACUUUGAUUCUAUCUGAUUUUGACAUGUUGCCGUCCUCUCAUCCAGAGUCCACUUCCAUGUGCCCAUCGUGUCUGGAUUGCUAUGAAAUCUAGGGUUUGUUUUUGGAAAGCCAGCUCGAGUCCUAGCUUAAACGAGCUACAUAUCCUUCCAAUUCGGCCAUGGAAGGAACGCAUAUAUCGCAGCAACAAGCUUCGGGUCACUACAGGCCUUGUCUUCAGGAUGGAAGAGUGGAGCAGGGAGGCUUUGACGACUCAGUGCCGACCGUGGACCUCAUGAGCGUUGACCAACGCGAGGCUAUGAGGGAUAUGGAUGAUUCGCAGCUCGUCGGAGCUCCGGAGGCUGGUGUGGCGGCCAAAGAGGACGUGCCCAUGGCGGAGGUGGAGAUGUUGAUGAUGAUGAAGAAAAAGUUGGAGGCGAAUCCGGUGCAGACGAUGGUGGCGAAGAGAAAGCGGGGGCGACCGCCCAGGGGUCUGGCUAAGCCGAUCAAAACCACGCCUCCGGUAAGGAAGAAGAAGGACGAAGAGGAUGUGUGUUUCAUAUGCUUCGAUGGUGGGAGCCUCGUGCUCUGUGAUCGCCGGGGCUGCCCUAAAGCAUAUCAUCCUGCCUGCAUUAAACGAGACGAGUCGUUCUUCAAAUCAAGGGCUAAGUGGAAUUGUGGUUGGCAUAUAUGCAGCAAUUGUCAGAAGGCUGCACAUUAUAUGUGCUAUACUUGUACAUAUUCUUUGUGCAAGGGUUGUAUCAAAGAUGCUGAUUAUCUGAGCGUAAGAGGAAAUAAUGGAUUUUGUCGGAUGUGCAUGAGAACUGUGAUGCUGAUCGAGAAUUUUCAAGGAAAUACAGAAGUGCCUCAAGUAGAUUUUGAUGACAAAAGUAGUUGGGAGUAUCUCUUCAAGAUGUAUUGGAUAUUUUUGAAGGGAAAACUAUCUUUAACUUUAGAUGAGCUCACUCGGGCUAAAAAUCCAUGGAAGGAAGCUUAUGCUAUAGCUCAAAAGGGGGGAUCUUCAGGCGAACUUUACGAUGGCAUUGAUGAGAAAGCUUCUAGUUUUAACAAUUCUUGUGCAGCCCUGCAAACAAAUAAUUCCAGAAAAAGAAAAGCUAAGGAGCUGCCUAUUUUUAAUAAGGACUCUGCAACUAAGGAGAAAUCAGGUAGUGACAAAGAUCCGCAUCUGCUUGAAGGCACAAUAUGGGCGUCAAAGGAGCUCUUGGAAUUUGUUGCACAUAUGAAAAAUGGUGACACAUCUGUGCUAUCUCAGUUUGAUGUCCAGGCUCUUUUGCUAGAAUAUAUAAGGAAAAACAAUCUCCGUGAUUCUCGCCGGAAAUGCCAAAUAGUUUGUGAUAUGAGGCUUAUAAAUCUGUUUGGGAAAACGCGUAUUGGUCACUUAGAAAUGCUAAAGCUUCUUGAAUCUCACUUUCUUAUAACAAAAAGCUCCUCAGCUGAUUAUAUUUUAAGGGCAGGAGUUGUCAAUGAUACUGCUGGCCAGGUGGAGGCUGAUGGGAACUAUGAUAACCAACUUCUGAUGGGAAGUGACGAGAGGCAUAAAACAUGUAGAAAAACGGAUGAUGGGGGAUCACGGGCUAAUUCAGAUGUUUUUGCAGCGAUUGAUGUUCACAACAUUAACUUGAUUUACUUACGCCGUAAUUUGAUGGAGAGUCUUUUGGAUGAUGCUGACAAAUUUCAUGACAAAGUUGUUGGCUCAAUUGUGCGAAUAAGAAUUCCCGACAUUGGUCAAAAACAAGAAAAGUGUAGGCUUGUACAAGUUGCAGGUACAAACAAGGUGGCCAAACCAUAUAAACUCGGAGAAAGAAAUACUGAUCUCAUGCUCGAAAUCUUGAAUUUAGACAAGAAAGAGGUCAUAUCAAUUGAUGAAGUUUCAAAUCAGGAGUUCUCUGAGGAUGAAUGCAAGCAUUUACGCCAGAGUAUGAAAUGUGGGCUCAUCAAACGGUUGACUGUGGGUGAGAUCCAGGCAAAAGCAAUGACACUUCAACCAGUGAGAGUAAAUGAUGGGCUGGAAGCUGAGAUAAUACGACUUAACCAUCUACGUGAUUUGGCAAGUGAAAAGGGACAUGAGAAGGAAUUUAGAGAAUGCGUGGAGAGAAUACAGCUUCUGAGCUCACCUGAGGAACGUCAGCGCAGACUGCUUGAGAUCAUUGAAGUACACAUUGAUCCUAAGAUGGAUCCAAGUUAUGAGUCUGAGGACAACGUGGGAGAAUUAGAUGAGAAGAAACAAGAUGAUCAUGCGAGAACAGAAGUUUCUGGAUAUGGAAGAAAGGAGAGUGACCCUAUCUCUGCUCAAAGAGGAGAUUAUGUCUUGAAUGAUACUGGAAGCAGGGCACAGAAAAAUUUAGCCAAGUCUUGCAAACAAAGUAGAGAAGCUGGUAUGACAAGCAGUUCCAAUAAAGGUGGUGCUACUUGGCUUCAUGAGAUGAUGAAUGAAUCUUCUUGGAAGGAGAGAAAAGCAUCUGGCAUAAAUAAUUGGAAUACACCAGAAAACCCGAUCAAUACUUCUGGUUCAUUGGCCAUUGGUUGUAACAGUCAAGCAGUGUUGAAAUCUGAAAUUUCUGGGGUUGCAUCAGAAAUUUCAGCACUGGCUCUUUCUACAGGGGCAGACAAAUUUGCUGACAGUUUUGAGACUGAUAAAGUUUGGCACUACGGUGAUCCAAAUGGAAUAAUUCAAGGACCAUUUUUUAUGUCACAACUGCGCAAAUGGAAUACAAAUGGGCACUUCCCUCCUGAUCUCAGAAUAUGGAGGAUAAAUGAAAUGCAAGAUAAUUCUGUACUUUUGACUGAAGCAUUAAGUGGGAAAUUCCAUGAAGCAAAGAUGGUGCUGAAUAAUUGUAAUUUACUCUCUGAAGAUGUUGGACUUGCCACUGAUUAUAGAGAUAAUAAUGGCGAUGGUGGAUUGAGCGAGAGUAUGAAUGCCUCUCAGAUAGACAAUAAAGAAGAGGAGGGAAGUUUGAAGCCAAUGCAGGAUGACUCAAGUGGUAAUGAUGAAUUUUUGAGGAGCAAUGGAUGGGUCUCUAGUCAAUCUAGUUGGACUACACCUGCUGAUCUUGCCAAUUCCAAUGAACGAAAAAAUGGUGCUUUUAAACCAGGCUGGGACUCAUCUAAGGGUAAUAGUUCUUGUCCUGACCAGCCCCAAGCGUGUAGUAGUUCACUAGUCCCACCUACAUUUUCUGGGAAGUCGUUUGAAUCUGUAUCAUAUCCAGUGAGAGAAGUUUAUGGGGGCGAAUGUACUUCUGUUCAGGAGAAUGGUAAUUGCAAUUCACACAGCCCUGCUGACGAUCAGAUUAAAAAUGAACAGGGUUGUGAGAACCGAUCUGACAGUGAGGGCCAUUCUGGUCAAUCUUCGGGGCAGAGCUGGAGGCCUCCACCCGUAAAUGUUUCAUCAAACGGCUGGGUUUCCAGUUCUGAUUUUAUUUCUUUAGUUAAGUCACUUGAAACAACAGAGCAAACUCAAGAAAUUGAUUUUCAAGAAAUGCCGAGUCCCACUAUAAAGCAAAGCAAUGAAGACUUGGAAGCUCAGGCUGCCAAAAACAAACAAGCUGCUUCUUCAGGUUUUCCUGUUCAGGAUGCAGGCCCUAGCAGGAGCACUGCCUCUAGUUUAGUGGGUGGUGGGGCACAAAUGUCUGAAGUAGCUGAUGGAAUGGGUCCUUAUUCCCCAACUACUGCCAAACCUUCCAUUGGGGAAUGGGGCUCCAGUCUUGUUUCUGCAUCAUCUCUGAUACCAACUGAAAUUGAUCAUGCUGCUACCCCGAGUUCAAUCAGUGACCAACUGACACAUUCUUCCCCAUCUCAUCCAACAUCCAACGCAUCUAGUUGGCAGGCAAUUGUUACUGAACCCACUGAGUUUUGCUCUUUAGCUGAUGAAUCUGUUUCAGAUCUGUUGGCUGAAGUUGAGGCAAUGGAGGCAAUGGUAUCGAUAGAGGAUUCGAAACAUGAUUGUAUGAGUCCUCUAGAUGAGUUUAGCCCAGGACUUGAUCCUGGGAAAAGUGAUGCUUUAAGCUCCACUGGUGAUUUACAAGCACCUUCCCAGUCCACGGUGACUGAUGAACCAGAUGGCACACGUCACGCUGAUAUUCUUGAUCCUCAAAAGAGAUCAAGCAGGCAUUCCUCCACAAUUGUUGAAGUUGAAGGAGAUGCAAAGCCCACUGAUAUUUCAGUCAAGGAAUCUCGUUCUGAAAUCCAUCCUCCAUCGCCAUCUACUGAAAGUUGGGAUAUAUCUACUAGGGAUGCCACUUGGAGAGUGGGAUCAGAAAGGACAGCGAACAGUUGGGGACUGGCACAGGGAAGUCCAAACCUGGGCUGGGGAGGAUCAAAUCAGAGCAACACAAAUGUGGGUUUGGGACCUGUUCAAAUGGCAGCACAGAACAGUAUAGGCAUGAAUUUUGGUGCUUCUGCCGGGAAUCCUGGUUUCUACAGACCAAGAAUUGGAGGUGACAGAUUCUCUGGACCUAGAGAUAGGGGUUUUCAGAGCAGGGAUUUAGGAUAUGGUAGGGGUAGGGGUAUGUGGAACAGGCAGCCCUUAUAUAUUGGUGGAAAUGAAAGUCCUUUCAGGCCUCCCAAAAGUCACAGAGUUUGUAAAUUUUACGAAAGUGGCUAUUGCAAAAAGGGAGCAUCGUGUAGUUAUUUGCACCCAUGAAUUUGUGGGUUCUAUGCGAUUAGGCACAUUUAAUUCUGUAAUCAUUUAUUCAUAUUAGGGAGUCUGUACUUGCCAAUGUUGUAAUCUCAACCUGUAGAAGUAUCGGUCAAGGACUCUCAACUAGCAUACAAAUGUUUUUUUUUGAAUGAAUAUCAGGACAGUUCUAGGGC